AUGGAGAUUCUCGCUCAUCCAGGUUAUGGUUGUCCCAAAGGUGCUUUUUUUUUUUCCUUUCAAGAGGAAUUUUUUCUGAUUUUUUUCUUUGAAGACGUUUGGCUUCUCAUCCGAGAAGCUUCUUCGGCUCUGAAGAAGGGAAACGAAAGGAUUUUAUCCAUCCAGUCAGAGCUGAGGAAGCUUCUCGGAUGAGAAGCCAAACGUCUUCAAAAAAAAAAACAACCCAGAAAGUCUAAUUGCCUUUAGAAGAAGAAGGGAAAAAAAAAACCCCCACCUUUGGGACUUCCAACUUUGUUCUUCUAAAUUGCAACACCAACUUUUCCCCCAAGCAGUUUGUGUUCCAUUUAUACAGGUCCAAAAUAUUAAGUCCCUUUCUGGAAAGUCACUAUGCUCAAGCCUGAAAGCUUUCUAGGCUGAUACGUAGGAUUCUGGUACGAUCUGUCGGUGUCCUGCAAAAAAUGGGAUCAGGUACUGCACUUGAUCCUAGCCCAAAAUGCUGAGAAACAAAUAAGUGUUUAUUUUUGUUUGAUGCGGUGCUGAAUCCUGCUUCGCUCUGCAGCGUUUGGUAAAUGCAGAGUUCCACCUUUCGCAGUGGAGGUAGUCCUCUGUUUGUGACCCACAAUGGAACCCCAAAGUUCCAUUGCUAAGCAAGACGAUUGUUAAGUGAGUUUCGCCCCAUUUUAUGGCUGCUUGUUGAAGGGAAUCGCUGCAGUUAUUAAGUUACUAACACCAUUGAGGAAAUCUUACUUCUCCCAUUGACUUUGCUUGUCAGGCGGUCGCUAAAGGGGAACCACGUGACCCCAGGACACUGCAACCGACAUAAAUAUGAGUCCGUUGCCAAGCAUCUGAAUUGUGAUCACGUGACCAUGAAGAUGCUGCAACUUGUGAAAAAGAUCCUAAGUCACUUAUUUAAAGUGCUGUUGUAACUUUGACCAGCCACUAAAUCUAUGGUUGUAAGUCAAGGACUACCUGUAAUAGCCAUUUUAAUAAUAGGAUGCUGGCUUUUUGGCACCAUUCUGCUGUGCCUUGAGCCUCCCUUCCAUAGCAUCAUACAUCAUAGAGUACCAGGAACUUCUCACUCAGAAAUCAUUUUCUGGCUAAAAACCUCAUUUGCAUCAGGGUUUCUCAAAGUUUGUGAAGACCCCUGGGCAUCCCCAAGACCGCCUCUGGGCUUUGUAAAAUCAUAAAUCAUUUUCCAGCCUAUGUUGAAAAGAAAUACCAUAUUAAAAUCCUGUCUAACAACCCUCAGGCACUGUAGCAGCAGCAGCAACUGCAUCCAUUUUCAUUUUUAAUAUCGUAAAUAUUGAUAUAAACCACACCAACCAAAGCUUUCUUGGGGUCGUUCACAACUUUCAAAAAUGGGAAGGAGUUCUCAGAGAGAAAAAAAACAGGGUGUUACAAUAUCUUUUGAAAUGGGCUUUAGUCCACCGAAGUUUUCCAAGUCAUAAAUAUUUAAGACUUUUAAAAGCGUGUGUAUGGGCAGUGACAAACAUCUCCAGAUGGAGUCUAAUCAAUAUUUUUUAAAAAAUGGUUAUCCCUGUUCGCUGGUUACAGCAAGAAACCACAAUUAUUCUGUGUAGCGUUUUGGAGACGGGAAAAGUAUUUAUUUUAUGCUUUAUUGCAAAGGCCCAAACUUGCUUCCUUAUCCACUCUUUAAAUAGGGGGGCUGUUUGGUGCCCUUUUACAGCAUCAAAGGGGCAUUUGUUUUUGAAAACACGAAACAAACCUUUGGUCCUGUAGAAAACUUGCAUUGUGAAUAUAUCCAUGAAAAUAGAUGAGAAAGAAAAUGUGCCGUAUAAUAGAUGUUAUUGUGCUAGGAGCCAAGAUGUGGGAACGGGCCAGGGAUGGGAGGUGGACCACGCACACAGAGAGCAACCCCUGAUUCCUGCUAAGAGUCCUGUGUGUUGCAUGCCAUUCAUUCUUAAUCUUACCCCAGGCAUUAAUUGCAUCAAUCUUGGGAUUCCUUUGAAAUAAAUAUUACUAAAGGGCAGCGCUGCUCUCUCUGCUUAACCGAUUUUUAGCUUGCUUUUAUAACACAUUGUAGGUGGAUAUCCUUUUAAAGGGGUUUUGUACCUCCGUUGAAUUGUAGGGUGGUUGGGUUUUUUUUUUUGGUUUUUUGUUUGUAUAUACAGUGGAUUGUGGUCCAUAUCUUGGUUUAUUAAAAUUUUAAAAAAAACAGGUGAAAAGAGAGGGGCAGAUUCUUUUGUGCUCCUUCUUUCUGUAUUUUCUCAGUUGGAAGACAAGAAAUGCCCUUUUCCCCCUCCGGAUGGAUCCAUGAAGGUCGAUGAUGCUCUUAUUUUCUGUUGUAAAAUCUUGUCCAAUUGCUAAGCUCUCUUGCUAGGCGUAGAUCAAUGUAGGGAAGAAGAAAAAUAUCACAGCAGAAAUAUGAAGACUUUUUUAGGACUUCACCCUAAUGCUCUUGCUUACUCGAUGACCACGUUAGGCGCUGGAAUGAUGAACAGCAUCUUCAAUUUCUAUUACGUUAAACUCUUUUUAAACAAGUACAAGAUCUCAGAAGCAGCAUUCCAUCAAGGACAGGUUGUUUUCAUGGUUUGGAACGCCAUCAACGACCCUCUUUUCGGGUACCUUCAGGACAACGCCCAGGUGCCCUGCUGCUCCCGCCGCCAGUUUUCGAUUUUGUACGGUGCCCCCUUGUACGCCCUGGCUUUCCUCCUCCCCUGGUUUCCUUGGAGACAAUACGAGGAAGACGACUGGCUCUGCGGGCUGCAUCUGAUUGUGGCCUUGUGCGCCUUUGAUGGCCUGCUCACCUUCGUCUUGCUGGCCCAGUGCGCCCUUUUCGCCGAAACCUCCACCCGGCACGAGAGUCGCCUCCAGCUGAUCAAGUACAACCAGGUGGCCAGCUUGAUUGGCUCAACCAGCAUCCUGUUCUGCGGUUUGAUCUCGGCUAACAUGGAGCGCUUCGCCUACUUCCAGGCCUUCACGGUGCUCGUAGCAGUCGCCGCAACGGCUUGCAUGUCCUACACCGGCUUCUACAGCACGACUCAGUACGAGCAAAGGGAACCGUUGAUGGAAGGGUCUGAUCCAGAAAGCUCGAAGGCCCCCUCCCUCUCUUGGUCCUCGGUGUUCUUGUUGACCCGCCAGAUCCUGACUCAGAAAAACUUCCUGCUUUUUGUCGUCAUGAACUUUUUCCAAGUCUUCCACUUAGCCUUCUGCAACAAUUUCAUGAUGAUCUUUGCAGAUAAUCUCAUCCCGAACGGAGUCCUUUCUUCCUCUGUCAGAAGUUUUAUGUAUGGGGCAGGUUUUAUUUGUCCGCAGUGUCUUGUGCUCCUCAGCCACACUUUGUUAAUGAAAUUUGGUUAUUACAAGAUUGUCUUAUUUUCUUUCUACCUGGAAGGAAUGGCUGCAAUUCUCAUGCUCGCACUGGGUCGAGAAUAUUACUAUUUCCUGGCUAUUUAUCUCACUGUCAACAUGGUGAUGGUCCAAGCCUCCUUCAGCCUCUUUAAUCUACCAUUGGCCGAUAUCGUUGAUGCAGAUUUAAAGAAACAUAAACGAAAAUCUCCGCUGUCUUCAAUGGUCUUUGGCACCAACGCUCUCUUCACAAAGCCAGCUCAGUCCUUAGCUCCGAUGCUUGUGGUUUCUGUACUAAAUCAAUUUGGCUACGCGGAUCUGAAUAGUAAAGCCGCCGAUCCUGAUUCCAGUCUGUACUUAGGUCUCCAUGACGCCAUGUUCUACAUGAUCUGCCUGGUGCCACUUUGCAUUGCGGCGAUACAGAUCCUGACCUGGACCCCUUUUUCCAUCCAGAAUACUCACCUGACGCCGAUACUAUGAACUGUAACAAUGUGAGCAUUGCUGAAUGGUGUUCAAUUGACAGGUGUCAGUGGCGAGCAAGAACCCUGGGUUUUCCUAACUCUCUGAAUGAGCCGAUCAAAUGCAGCCUGUGCCAUUUCGUGAUCCUCUCUAGUUUUAAAUCUUAUCAUUCUUUAUUAUGAAGUGGGAAUCUUUUUAAGUUUCUGGUCUCACCUUAACAAGCAAGGGAUAAAUAAAAUGCCUACCACCUAUUAAGACCAAAAAACGGGGAGAUGAUAAAUGAACUCAGGAUGAGGUAUCUAAACACCAUUGUUUGAAGGUUGAAGCAGACCAGGAAAUAUGGAGGGCUGCAUAACUAGGAAAACCAAGUCUGACAAUACCAUAGAAGCUGUUGCUUUAAAGAGACCAUCAAUACUGGUAUAUUUAUGUUCCAAAGGGCAGUGGUGAUUUGGCACAUCACAGUGUAAUUUGUCAGUGGUGGCCAAGGGGGAAUUGUGGAAAAAUGCACAUGUUGGAAAAAUCGAAGCGAAGGGCAGAAACUUUAGUAGGAACCUGCUGGAAAGGCUUGAUAGCAGAAGGAAAGCUGUUUUCUUGGAACUUUUUCUCAAGCUGUCAAUCCUAACAUUGCGCUUUGACAGCUUAGGAAAAAUAUCUGUUAGGAAAAUAGGCCUUGGAUGUCUUUUUAAGUGCCACGCCGAUAAUCUUGUUUCUUUAUAAUAUCAUCCAAUUUCUAUUUUUUGUUUUAGCCGAUGAUAUUUUUUCUGCCUUAUUUUAAAAUCCGAUUUGGGAUUUCUUUCUAUAAAAGUCUUUCCGUUUUUUACUUUUUUCAAUAGUAUUUGUAAUGAAUGGAAAACAAAUUGUACUUGAUAGGGUGAGGUCUGAAUUACAACCAAAAUAAAUCGUACUAUCCUUUG